CUCUUAUCUCUCAGCUGAAGCUCUUAUCAGUCGCAUUAACUUUGGAAGUUCUCAAAAAUCUCUCUCUCUCUCUCUUUUCACACUUCCCAGAAACCGAAAAUCACAAACUGUUGAGGAAGAAGAAGAAGAAAAGACAGGAAGAAAGAGAUAUCAAUAAUGGCAGAUGCCGCAAAGCACCUGUCCUCCGUUAAUGGAGAAGUGAAAAUGAUUAAGGACCUCAAAAGCAUCUUCUCCCUCUUGAAAACCAGAAGAAGUCUCGCUUUUGCUUAUGGUUUCAUGUUUGUUUUUGUUGCUUUCACUAUUUUCUUGGCCUUUAAUCCCUCUUCAUCCUCCUCUUCCGCCCUGUCUUUCUCUAAUAUUUUCAGUGUGGCUUCCAUCAAUUCUUCAAGUUCAAGUUCUUCUUCUUCUUCUUCAAGCUCUCAUAGAUCUCAGUUCUCUUCUGUUUUCUCUAAUUUUUUCCCCAACAUCUCUUCUUCCCCAAAACAAGUUCAUGUUCAACCCCAAAACUUGAUUAACUCCACCAGAUCUAAUAACACCACCACUAUGAAUCAUCAAUCUCCUAAUGUAAACCAGACUCAAAGUUUAGAUUCUUCAUUUCAUCAAAAUCAACUGUUGCAUGCAAAUCAAACUUCAGUUGUCAAUAAACAACCAUCAACUGUAAAAAGCAACACUCGAAGUUCACAACUUUCUAAUAAAGAUCCAAAUUUGAAGCCAAAUCAGACCUCUUCAGCAGUCCCCCACAAACCCAAGGCUCCAUCACUUUCUAAUCAAACCACAGCAAAAAGUUCGAGUCCAAGGCCAAGUCCAUUGGUAAAGCCUAAGCCUAAGCCUAAGCCUGAGCCUCCAGUGUCAAAUUACACAGCAUCUCCGAAACAACGAGGAAAUGGGAGUAGUUCAGAGAUGGUGGUGGUGAAGCAGGGGAUUGAGAGUGUGAUGGAGAGUUUAAUGAGCUGUGAUUUGUUUGAUGGGGAGUGGGUUGAAGAUCACUCUUAUCCCCUUUACAAACCAGGCUCUUGUUCUUUCAUUGAUGAGCAAUUCAAUUGUGUUCUUAAUGGUAGACCUGAUAAACUCUUUCAGCAAUUCAAAUGGAAGCCUAAAGGCUGCACUUUACCAAGGUUGAAUGGGAGCCAUAUGUUGGAAUUGUUAAGGGGGAAGAGGCUUGUGUUUGUCGGCGAUUCAUUGAAUAGGAAUAUGUGGGAAUCUUUGGUUUGCAUACUGAGAAACGCGGCAAAGGAUCCUAAGAACGUUUUUGAGGCUCAUGGGAGAUACUAUUUCCGCGGUGAAGCUUCAUAUUCGUUUAUCUUCAAAGAUUAUAACUUCACUGUGGAGUUCUUUGUAUCUCCUUUCUUAGUUCAAGAAUGGGAAAUGCCUGAUAAAAACGGAACGAAGGAGACACUCAGGCUUGACUUAGUUGGGAAGUCUUCUGAUAAAUACAAAACCGCCGAUAUCAUCAUCUUCAAUACUGGACACUGGUGGACACACGAGAAAACCUCCAAAGGGAAAGAUUAUUACCAAGAAGGUAGCCAUGUGUAUGGUGAACUUAAUGUUCUUGAAGCGUUCCGGAAAGCUCUAACAACAUGGGCGAGAUGGGUUGAUGCCAAUGUAAAUCCGACGAAAUCUAUGGUUUUCUUCAGGGGAUAUUCUGCCUCCCAUUUUAGUGGCGGACAAUGGAAUUCAGGAGGAGCAUGUGACAGUGAAACUGAGCCGAUCAAGAAUGUAACAUAUCUAACACCAUACCCCCCAAAGAUGCUGGUGCUGGAGAAGGUACUUAGAGGGAUGAAAACACACGUCACCUACUUAAACAUCACCCGAUUGACUGAUUACCGGAAAGAUGGUCACCCUUCAAUCUAUAGGAAACAAAACCUAUCCGAAGAAGAAAGAAGAUCACCAUUGAGGUUCCAGGACUGUAGUCAUUGGUGUCUUCCAGGCGUGCCAGAUUCCUGGAAUGAGCUUUUCUACGCUGAACUCUUGAUCAAAGAGAAUAAGAUGCAGCAACAUCAUCAGAAUCAGAAGAAAAGAUAUAGGUAAAAAUAAAGAAGAAAAAUCUCAUCCAAAUCAGUGUUGCUUAAGUUAUAAAUCAUAUACAUGUUUCACAUAGUUUUUUCGAGGAAUUGUAGAAAUACCUGCAUGAAGAAGAUCCAUGAAGUUUUGUUUCAUCUAUGAAUUAUGAGAAAAUCAAGAGCAAAAAUGCUGAAGUGUAAUAAUAUAUUUUUGUUUAUAAAUAUUCUUUAAGUAUAGAAGGGCCCUUGAGGAUUGUAAAUCUCCAAUAAUUUAGUUCUAGCGUGCUGUAAUUUGUUCAUUAAAUUGUAAGACUUGUGUUUGGCUUUGGA